AUGUACUAAACCGACCCCAGAUAACAACAGCCUUUCCAAUAAAACAACAUCUACUAGAGUUCACCUAUUUAGAGUCAAUAUCUUUCAUCACCAGGAAUAGCCAAACAAUAUCAGCAAUCACCUCAAAAUCCAAUAAUUCAAUCACCACAAACCUAUUAGCCACAAUAAUAAUUUGGCUCCCAGUAUUAGAUCCCCUCUUCUUAGCAAUUUCUGUAGCAACCAUAAUUAAGACAGCCGCAACUAUAGUCCAAUCAAAUUUUACCUGUAACUUCAUAAGCAUUCGGUCCAGUACAACCUUAAAGUCCUAUUACUGUCAGACCAUCCUAUUAGCAAAUGAAUUUCUAAGUUGCUCCCCCUGUUCAGCAAGUUGUCGUUCAAUAACCAGUGACUGUUCAACCACAAACUUAAGUUUAAGAAUUCAGACAUGUUGAGAGACCUUUAUAAGUUAUCACUGUCGAUGAAAUCGAAGCACCAUGGAGAUUGAAGUGUGCCACCUUAGAGAGACAGAUUUUGGAAUUGUAAAUUUAAAUUAGAAAGAACAAUGGGACUAUUGUUGAAGAAACAGUUUAAGAAAUCUAAGACGACACCAAAGUGAAAAAUUUGGAGCUUUAAAAAUUGGAAUUAGAAUAAAAAAUACAUGAUGAUGAAUAAUUUAUGAAUGAAUUAAGAAUGAGACUUGAGGAAUUGAGACAAGAAUAUGAAGUCAUCAUUACUGAAAAAGUUACCUAUGCAUCAAAUGAAGUAGAAACUUGGAUGAAAAAAUAUGGCAAUUUAGAAAAGAGUUAUGCUGAAAGCAAUUAAAAAAUUGCAGACUUAAAGAGACAACUGGCAUAAGUUGAAGCUGCUGACAAAGCCAUGUAAGAUUAAAAGAAAUCUGAAGCUCGUUCAGAAGUUCGUAGAAGUUCUAAAAUGUAUUGA